AUUUCACGGCCAAAUUGACAAGUGCGGGGCCCCGACUUAUUAUAGUAUUUAUUUACAUCAAAAUUAUAAUUUGGCCAUUGCAUAUUUGGGAUAUCGUUGUGUAUAUAAAAAAAAUAUCAGUUGACAUAUUGCAUCAGCCGUUAUUAGUGGUUUCCAUUGUGGAUUAUAAGUUUUUUGAAGAUAUUAGUGUAGUGCGUUUGAUCACGAGAACUGCUUAUUAUCUAAUACUUAAAUUUUAUUGGAUGAUUGAAAAAUGAUACCAGAUAACGUGACAUUGGUUGUGAAGGCGCCGAAUCAACAAAUUGAGGAUCAGAACAUCGAGUGUCGCACGUCAUGGACGGUCAGGCAGUUGAAGGGGCACCUCUCUGAAGUCUAUCCUAGCAAACCGAGAACAGAAGAACAAAAAAUAAUAUACUCCGGUCAACUGUUAGACGACAACGCAAUUCUAAAAGACGUGCUUCGCACGUACGAGAGCCAGAUAGUGCAUACUAUGCACCUGGUUUGCGCUCCGAACAGAAGGAUGCCAGACCCUACCCCGAAACCCGCGGAAACUGUCCCCGAAGGACUCAGGCGCAGGAAUGUAGAGCCAGAGAGAACGGAAGCGGCGCGCCCGGAAACGCGGCAGAACGAUCAAAACCACAACGUGGAGAUGCAGAAUUACAUUAGUUCUUUUGUGAAUAAUUAUGGAAGGGUGCCGCCGUACCCUAACUACGGUAUCGGGGAGGGGUACCUGCCAGUGCCUAAUGACCCGGCGUCACUCGCAAACCACAUGAUGAUGAUGCAACAGGCCUACUUGCAAUACAUGCAACAGUAUGCUAAUAUGUGGCAAGCGACAGCCAACGCCGGUCCUGCUGCUGCGCCGGCGCAGCCCGAAGCGCCUCCACAACCACCCGCCGAGGUUCCGCCGCAGCCAGAGGAAGGUGAAGAAGGCCUAGCAGGGCGGGACUGGCUGGACAUCGUGUACGCAGCGUCGCGACUCGCUAUACUGUUCUCGCUGGUUUAUCUAUACGGUAGUCCUGCGAGGCUUCUGUUGGUGCUUUUGCUUGUGGCCGCUGGAUAUCUGCAUCAAAUAGGAUUCUUCCGCGACCUGCACGUGAACCCCGCGAACAACGAGCAAGCUCAGAACAACCAGCCCAACCAGCCCAACGAGCCCAACAGGCCGGCAAACACCCCGGCGACCGACGACGCGACCGCGACCAACCCGCCCCCCGCACGCGACGACCAGUCCAUACUCGACUUCACACGGAUGGUAUUCACAUCGUUCUUCGCAUCCCUCAUACCGGACACUAAUUAUUAAGUAUUUAUUAGGAUUUUAAAGGAUAAAUUUGGAGUGGAAGCCAGUUUCCUAAGACUAUACCAUGGUCUCAAUGGGACGCUACCCAGUGGUAUAAAUGUGCUGUAGGAAUUAAUUGUUUGAACAGGACUGUAUUGUAAAAAGAUAUGACAGGAACACUCGCUUUGGUUAAGCAGUUUACUAUCGAUGGUAGAGUACCAAGUGUUAUAUUUUCAUAAAUAGGUACGAAUUUUUAAACCCUUUAAAUAUCUGAUCAUAGACAAUCCCAACAUUUUUAAGUAAAUGUCUGCCUGUAAGGGCAAGUUUAAGAAACCUCUUACUGUUCAAUAAUGCUCUUAGGUGUUGAAUGUGUUGUGUAAUGUAAAUUAAAAAUACUAAUCGUAAUGAAUUUAUCCGUUUACUUCCUUGCGUGAGCCCUGCCGUAAGCUUAGGGCAUACGUCUGCGCGACAAUAAAAUGAACUAUAAAUCAUUGUGAUACAGAAUAUUUCGGCAUGGCCUUUCACUGUAGGAUUUCCUAAGCCAUCGAGCUUGCCGGCUCUAGCGAGUUGUUUUAUAGAUCUCUAACCUGGCGACGGAAAAAAUACCGAAUUUCGAUGCAUAUUGUGAUUCAAACAAAUCUCAAAUAAGAAAAAGCGGCUAACACGCGGCGCUUGCGCAGCGGCCGCCCAUAACAAGUGAAUUACGUCGCCGAGCUAAUCUUUAGUCUUUAAACAUGUAUUAAUCAAUUUUAUUAGAUGUAUCAAGUAUUUAUUUUAAAUCAAGAACAUUUAAGUCCAAAACUCGGAUACGAAAUUUGUAAACUCAAGUAAUUUAACAUUACCUAAAAUUUAGUUUUGGAACAUGAAUAAAAACAUUGUGUACUGAUAUAACAAACCAAAUAUAUUAUGCAUGUACAAUGUACAUAUUUAGUGAUAGAUAUGAAAAUGUUAUAUUAACUUAGUGCUAUGUGAUUUAAAACUCGUGUAUAAAUAACAGCGUUUGUGAUUGUUUUUGUGUCAUGUGGUUUUCGUUCGCAUGCUCUUGUCGGGUUCGAAGGACCAAUUUCGAAUAAAACUCAAAACCCAUCCCACGGGUUUUGAGUAAUGAAAUAUAUCGUCCUCGUGCGAGGUAUUUCGUCCUGUUAACACUAACUACUGACUAAGACCGUAUGACAUAAAAAUGUUAGACGAGUGCUGAUCGUAUCCAUUAUUCCUUUGCCAAAUUAACAUAAAGAUGAAAAUAUAUACUUUUUGGUAAUGCACUGCCACACCAGUAAAUAUUUCCCAAAUUUACUUUUCUCAAUAAGUGUGCAUACAUGAUAUAAAUUUAAAAUGAACUUGGUUUUUUUAUAUUACCAGCUAAGCUAACUGUUGUAACAUUUUCUGUAGAAAAACGUGCUAUAACUAUAGUGUAAUAAGCCUUUUUUUUAUUUUGAAUGUCCUUGUAAAUCAUCUUAUUAUUAGUAUAAUACUGUAGACAUGUAAAUUUCUUUGUAUUCUUGGUAAUUGGAUACGAUCGGAACAUAACCAUUUGAGGCAACCAUUGAGAGCUUUUAGCUAGAUUUUGUAAAUACCUUGUAGUUAACUAUUUUGUGAUUAUCCACUGCAUUUUCAUUAAACGUUAAUAUUUAUCCUUCGCAAGUCAUAUUUAUAUAGAUUAAUUUAUUUUUUAAGUUUUUUUUUAACGCUGUUACUAUGGUUGUGAUGGCAGCGAUAUUUUAGUGAUUAUUUGCUGUUCAUAUAUUCUGUAAAUAACUGUUUCAAAAAUAAUAAUCUUACUGUCAAGUCUCGCUAACUUAUUGGUUGCGUGUCCGCCAUUUUUGAAUAGCGUCAUUUAAAUUUCGAACCUAUGCGUCCGUGCAUAAAAACAGGUUUGGCCCAAUUCAAUCGCCUUGGUCACUAGCGACCAGAUUAAAAGGAAGGUUUAGGAAAAUUUUAAUUUCCAAAACUGAUACCUCUACUAUUUCUACUCUUAAGGGGUAAAUGUGGUUCAUUAUAAAUUAUUUUUGGUCUUAAAAAUGGCGAAUAAGUUCUAAUUUAAACUAAUCAUUGAAGUUGCGGUUGGUAUAUCCGCUAAUUGCUAUCAUCAUAACCACAGGCUAUUUCUAUUUUAAUAAAAUUAUGUCGUGCUACUUUAACAUUAUAACACAUUUUUGUGAUUUGAGGCGGGAAAUUUUCAUACAAAGAUAUCUGCAUUUUGUAAAAUAAGGUUAUCGGAUAUUUACGGAUAUUAAGCACGAUGUGGAAAGCUAUUGUAUACCUACUGUGAUAAGGUUUGUUUUUGUUUGCAACAUCAUAAAUAAAUUUUGAAAUGCGA